UAUUCAUUCAAUUCAAGUAAAAUUCACUUGAAAGAUAAUGUGGUUCACAAAUAUAUUUUUGGUUUUGAGUGUGAUCAAUAGUAUAUCAUCAGUUAAUAACAAUCACCAUAUAUCAAAAAGAUACUUGCUCUUCAGUAGAUACACAGAAGUACAGUUCAGUACGGGAUUAACAGUACCAUUAGUUCUCCCUAGACGAUCAAUAAAUUUCAGUUUGGUUGCUCAAGCCAACUAUGCCGCGCCUUACAACAUCUCUAAUUUUCAACCCCUGACCAUUUCUGCCAGGAACAAACCAUUCAUUGAUAUCACUAGAAAAACCUUCUAUGGGUAUAUCAUUCAAUUUCUGGAUAGUUAUGGAUUGGAAGGCAAAGAAUGCUUGCUGAGAUCAAUCUGCGAGAUAUCUGAAAUUCCUAUGCAUAUGGCAGUCGAAGAAACAUUAUUAGAAAAAAUUGUACACUUCGUAUUCACGCCAUCCUUGGAAUUCAGGCAGCAGAAUGGAACGAAUGGCCACAAGAGGAGUUUCACUCAAGAAUUACUCCUAGCUGAGAGAAUCGGUAAAGAAGAAGGAGACUGUUCGGAUGUUUACUCUGAUUGUAUAGUUUCUAUCGUUGACUUAUUCACAGCCAAAUACAUU